AUGCGAUAUGACAAGCCAUUGCAGGUGUCUGAUUCUGAUCCAUCCUUUUUGCACUCUAAUAAAUCCAUUGGCCUUCAACCACUUCCGAAGACGGAGACGAAACCACCUCGAUUGACGUUUUGUCAACAAUUGGAGCACACAAACCACCUGACAGCAGUUCAUUCACUGAAACACACAACUCCCUCCUCCAUUGUGGCUCUCACGAAUAGGAAUGCCCUCUUCUUUCCACCCCUGCGAAAGGUGCUUGAUCCCACUGGUAAGUUGGAGGACACUGCUCUCACAAUCAUGCAUUUCACACCACCCAAGAUUCCUCUGCAGCACAGCAAAGAUGGUGAAAGUGACCUAAAGUCGACCGACAAACUCAGCAUGCACCUUCGAGUUAGCGACAUCAACUCGGCCUAUGGAAGUGAGCUGGGAGAAAUCAUUGGCAUCUGCAUGCCUCACGCAUCGUCAUCGGUGUCGACGAAAGCGGAUGGCGAAGUAGUUCGGCUCUCUGAACCACAAGCAGUGGAUGAGGAUAUGCGUAGUCACGAGUUGUCGAAAUGGAGGACCUUGCCCACUCUCAAUUCGCCAUUGUCAGGUGGAGUUGUGCCAAGGGAUACGUUGGACGUGAGCAUCGUGAAUUCGGUUGAGAGUUACGCCGCUUACUGCAAUAAGGCGUCAGUGCGAAGGGUGGAGGAUUUGGCCAGAAGGAUUGUUAGAUCAGCAUUAUAUGGAAUCGUGGAGCAGUGUAUGCCUGAUAUAGAGGGUAAGAUAAGCAAACUGUGCCAAGCAUUCUGUGAACAAAGAGGCCAUUGCAGAUACGCUCUUGAUGGUCUAGCGGAAGCCGUAGUCGACAAGGUGCUGUCGUGCCUCACUGACGCCCACGGGGACGCACCACAAGCAUUGGAUGAGACAGUUGAGUGCGGAGUUAGGCGUGCUAUGUGCCAGUUGUUGCGCGAUGAAGAGGCGCAAUGCCACUGGUCUAAACUGCCGAGAGGGAAGGUGUCACAAGAGGGAGGAGGAGGAGGAGGUACAGAAGCGUCGCAAAAAACACAAACGUUGCCCCUUCUGUGCUUCCGUAAGACCCUCCAACUAUCCGACAGGGAUAAAGUGAGCAGGCAAUUGAGGCUGCACGCCGUGGGGGGAGAGAAAAGUAGAUGCAGUAGUUCCCUAAGAGGUGAGGUGACCUCUCAGGCGGGGGCAAGAGCUGCACUUGAGAGCUAUGAGGAAGAAGGGAGUGUGCAAAGUGAUGGAGCCGUUCGUCAUCCACGUAGAGGAAGUACUGACGUUGAGGAGGAGAAGCAAAGACGCCAGUCGACAGUAGAUGACACUGGUGGGGAUGAUGAUGAUGAAGAAGAAGCACAAAUUCAGAAGUCAGUGUAUGCAGCAUUACCUGGGGUGACUGCAGCGACUACUUCAAUGGGUCCACAUGGUGGCAAGACAAGGGAUGCAUUUCAGCUGUGUAUGCAAAAGGAUCGCGUUGCCUCGGAAGGGGAGGAGGAGGAGGAAGAGGAGGAGGAGGAGGAGGAAGAGGAGGAGGAUAAGGAGGACGAGGAGGUGAAGGAAGGGGCGAUGAGGGAGGGGGCAAGAAUUGGACGCCAAACCGAACCAUCAUCGGAGCAAUUGCUGGAUCAAGUGUUCACAAAUGUGGCCAAACAACUUUCUGCUCAAUUGGAAGCCACCUACAAAGCCCGCUCAAGUCCGCAAUCGAAGGAGGACGAAAUGCAUAGGCAAGCACUCUACGUUGUGCAACGUGUCAUCUCUAAACUGGCCAUUCGAAUGUCAGCCGCAUCCGCCGCAACACCUAAGUCGUUGGCAGAAAGCAAAAGGGUUAGACGAAGAACUAUUAGCAUAGCCCGACGAGUCCUCUCCCAAUCUGCAGUUCGACCACACUUACGUCAUUCUGACUUCAAUGUGACGACUAGAGCCACGUAUAUGGUAAACAGAAUUGUGCUAAAUGCGUUGAAAGAGUUGUCAAGGCACCAGAACAACAGCAAUCAAAACGCUUUCGAGGGGGCGCAGAAGGAAGAGGAGGAUGGUCGCAUACGUGUUGUUUGGCGACCUCGAGGAAUGUCAUUGGCACGUGCAGUUAGAACGGCAAAAGUGGUAAUCUGA